GCCAAUCAUACGCUCGACUCCAUUCUUAUCAUUUGGAGGAUAUUUUACACUGCGUGUAUGAUAUUCCCAGUGGGAUAAAGCACCAAACUAGACUCGGAAAUCGACACAAAAUAAUACAGUAGAAAUGUAACUCUUCUGCUUUCGACUACACGUCAUUCAAAUUGGCCUUUUUUUUUCCUUUUGGGGGGUACAGUUUUACCCACACGUUUUUUCUAAUGUCGCGUUUAUUAGCAAGCGCUCUAAUUUUGUGUUGCAAUGAAAAGUAUUUUAAAUAUAUCACCUUGUCGGCGUUUGAAAUGUUGCUAGGCAACGACAAACGGUUAGGAAGCUAGCACUCGUGUUUUCCCCUCAGGGAACAUUUAGUUUUAUUUUGAGUUGCAAAUAAUUGUAAAUAUCGAAAGUCAAUUCAAGGUGAAAAUGUCAGACGGAGUGAGGCUCACACACAUGGCGGGGGCUGGAAAACGAGUCCCUAUUGGGGACAGAGCGUCGACUUGUCUCCAAGAAAUAAAAAGAGCCCCGACGCCACCUGCGGUUCGAAAGUAUCACAACAGCAUCCGACCGGGGCCCGGCAUGAUCCGAGUGCACCACGGGAAGGCCAACGAUCCCAAAGUGGCCGACACGCUCGUUCACGGCCUCUGCAGCAAGUCUUCGCUAACGGCCGCAGUCACGCUCAACCCGCCACCUCUCACCAAGUUCCAACAGAAGCUGCAGGAGGUUAGCGAGGCCGUGUACGCCUCGCAACAGAAGGCGCCACUUGGCUCUACGCCCAACAGAUGUGGACUUCCCGCCUGGUACAACGAGCAAACCACGUUUGGAAUUAAAACUCAUCGAAAUGUGGAUGCCGUCAAUGUGAUUUAUCCUCCAAAAACUGCGGAGGAGUUGGACAAGGAGGAACAGGAGUCACAUCAGGCUUAUGUUCGCAGUCACAACAGAUACUUUGUUGGUGAGCAAAUAGACAGGAAAUACAACUACAAUAAAGACAGUUGCUUCGGGAUCAAGACGCCUUAUUACAAGGACGGACGUUCCGUCGGGAGAAGUCUGCAUUGGCUGGGGGAAUCCACAAGGCUCCACAAUCCAAACCCCGAGUGGCAGAGAUCUCCUGGCAGCAGGGAAAAGUUGGAACGACAAAUUGGCAACGUGAAGAAAAACAAGAGAGGAAACAAUGUCGAGGUUUCAUCAGACCACACUUUUGGAAUCAUCAUACCUCAAGAUGAAUGCAGUGUCGGGGACCUGAUCCACUCGGGGCAGCAGCCGGCGGGCAAGCGAGCGCGAGCCGCCGAGCGCCAGCGUUGCCUGGCCAACGCCGUGCGGACCCGCCUCAAGAUCAUCAAUUCACAGAAUUUCCCGUCGUUGCUGGAGGCCUUCAGACACUAUGACAAGAAAGGUCAAGGACGCAUCGACAAGGAGGACCUGCAGGAAGUGUGCCGACACUUCGAGGUGGUCGCCAGCGAGGCCGUUCUGGAUGACGUGGUGGAUGACUGCGACACUGACCGAGACGGAUUCAUCAACUUCCUGGAGUUCGCCAACUUCCUCACCUUGAAGGAGACGAUGCCGCUGGACAGACGGGAGCAGCACCUAGUCAUGGACGCCCAGUUCCAAACCGGCUCAGACCGCCCCAGAUCGCGAUCGUCCGGACUUCCUGGUCCAGGCGCUUUGUUAAAAACUGAUGACUUAGAGCCGUUCAAGAUUGGCAGCUCAAAGAGGACCGUGAGGACCCUCAGAAGACCCGACCCGGUCUCGGACCGCUUCAUCACCACCGCCUCCUUCAUUGGGGCGGCCGCCGGGGAGCCGCAAGCAUCCAACACUCGCACGUUUGGGGUCCCGUCGGUCCGGACCGACAAAGCGCCGCCGCGCAACCGGAGGAUCACCGACAACGUCAACUACAGCGACAUGACCACGGCGGUGGACCUUUUGCUGCCGUCGGUGUACGGACGCCAGGGAGUCUACCAGGAGCACUUUAUCUGCCCACGCUCCAAGGAAGAGAUGGCUGAGAUCUUCGGGAACGUGGGUGCGAACAUUCCCGAGGAAACUUUCGAGGAGGCCUGGAAGCUAGCGUCCACGCGGCAUCCCGACGGUGACGUCUGCGUGGAAGCUUUCCGAACGGUACUCGAGGAAAUCAAUGCUUUGUAGUGAGAACAAAAUUAGCAAUAGCAAAAUAAUAAAAGAAAAAACUACAUACGAAAAUAAAAUAGCAGUAGUUUUUAUAUUGGUACUAAAUCUGGCAUUUUAUGUCACCAUAUAAUCAUUAAAAAAUGGCAUAAGUCAAGAAGAAAUUAGCUUUUUUGUUUUUUUUAGCCUGGGAACAAAAAUGUGUGGUGCGAUGAUGUGAAAGUAUAAUUGGGUCAUGCAAAUUAUUUGAUGUGUUUUUAUCAUUUGUUCUGUGUGAAUAUUAUAGUUAAUGAAAUUCCAUCAAAGAGACAAAACAAUUUAUGGCUUCACGGAGCUAUUUUGCCAUCACUUUCGCUAAGCAGAUUAAUUAAGCGUCUUCUUGGCACGCUGCCUCGACUCGUUGACACUGUGAAAUAGUUUUAAAUAAAUCAAAAUAUGAAUUAAUAA